AUGUCAAAAUCAAGAUUAGCCUCACUUCAAGCGGCAGCUACAAUUCCUCGACUUGAACUUUCAGCACUACCCAUAGGAGCAAAACUUACCAACUUCUUGAAAACUCAGAUUAAUACACCAAUCCAGAAGUGCUACAUAUGGUCGGACAGCAAAGUCGCCCUGCAGUGGUCGAAAUGCGAGAAAUCACUUCCAGUAUUCAUCAACAACCGAGUGAACACUACACGAACAAACGCUCCAUCGGACAUAUUACGCUACGUUCCCAGUAACCUGAACGCAGCAGACAUAGGAAGCAAAGGAAUAGCAGUAAAAGACCUUCUCCAUUCCGAGUAA